AUGGAUUUCAUGAGAGAUGGCACUGAAGAGAAUCUAGAGGAAGUCAACUACAUUGGAGGAAACUAUGGGAAUAGAGGAUUCAAUCCACCAUUUCGCGCGCAUCCAAACCUAUCAUACCGGAGCAACAAUGUGGAGAAUCCAAAUGACCAAGUCUACCCCAAUCAAGGAGCGUAUCAAGGAGGCCAAUACCAAUCCAAGCCACAACAAGUCUAUCCAAGAGGGAUGUACCAAGUGAAGCAACCAUUCACUUUUUCUCAAGAAACAAAUCCAACCCAAACCGGAGAGAAGGUUGACGUGGCCUUGAAGAAAUACAUGGAGGAGCAGAGAUUGAUCACCAAGAACCUAUAUGAGAAGCUUGAUCACAUGUUUGGUGAUCUAAGCAGCAAGUUUGGGUCUCUCUCUACUCACGUUCAAAAGCUUGAGGUGCAAAUCGCUCAAACAGCCGAGGCGGCCAAGAAACAAAAUGAGGUAAACACUCAAAAAUUUUGUAGUGUUGUCUCAUCUAUAGAUGGCACUAUUGUUCCUACACUAUCUCAAGGGGAAGAAGAAGAAAAUGAGCCUAAGGAGAGGCACAAACCGGAGAGAUACAGUUGGGAAUCAAGAAGAGCUUACAAGAGAAGACUUGAAGGCAAGCCACUACAAAAACAAGAAGAUCCGGGGAAGUUUGUGAUAACUUCAAGUAUCAAUGGCAUUCAACUCCAUGAUUGCCUAUGUGAUACUGGUGCUAAUGUUAAUCUAAUGUCUCUUGCACUUGCAAAAGACUUGGGAUUCAAGGAAUUCAAGAGCCCCAAGAUAAGAGUGAGUUCGCGGAUCUAUCGUGCAUGGAACCUUAUGGAAUGCUUGAAGAUGUUAUGA